AUGCUGAUGCCUUAUCUGAAUGCUCUCUCCAGUUUCCGAGAGAAAGUUAGGAAUAUCGCCAAGGAAAAUAAAGUGACCGCCAUUCUGGAGGAAUGUGACCGGUUACGAGACGAUGUUCUCCCUGAACUGGGUGUCCGACUGGAGGAUCGAGCACAGGACAGGAAACAGUGGUGA